AUGGCCAUAGAGGGAGCCGCCAAGCCAGCUAGCGACGACUCGUCGGCAACGGGCAGCUCCGACAGUCACAGCACACGUAAGCCCUACGUCAAUCUCGGCGAUACCUUCCACAAGUCAUCUAUAUGGUCGAACGAUCCCAACGACAUGCAGCUAGAGCUAUACUUCAGCAGCAAGCCGAACAAGAAUCUCACCAUGGACGAGGUGGUCGAAAAGGUCAGCACUGGUCGCUAUGACUAUACGGAACUAGAAUACCAAUCAGGAGCGUUCCAGGAUUCCGAGCUCUGGAGCUCGGGGGCGCGGGACAGGUCCGGCCGGGCGGUGACCCGGACGCGGGACCACGGGACAACGGAACCACUGUUAUUGGUUACGUAG